UUCCAUUUAAAUCAACAAAGAUCAACAAAUUUUCAUUCGAUCUUCUCCGAUCCAAAUCUGAGAAACUAACCCAAUACAUAUUUUCCCCAACUUAUUGUUCUUGAACAAAAUUCGUUAAAAUUAAAAACAAAAUAAAAAAAAUGACUUUGAAUUCGAUUAAAGUGGAAGAUUCAUCUGGGAAUACAAAUGACGGAACAGAGGCUUCAUCUUCGUCUUCGUCUUCGCAACCUAACGGUGUACAUAAGGUAUGUUUGCCGCCUCACCGGACGACAUUUCAAAAACUCCGGCAUAGAUUGUCGGAGAUAUUUUUUCCCGAUGAUCCACUUCACAAGUUCAAGAACCAAACGGCGUUGAGGAAAUUUGUUUUGGGUUUACAGUUUUUCUUCCCUGUUUUUGAAUGGGGACCUAAGUAUAAUCUUAUGCUUUUAAGAUCUGAUAUUAUUGCCGGCAUUACAAUUGCUAGUCUUGCUAUACCUCAAGGAAUCAGUUAUGCUAAACUUGCUAAUUUGCCGCCUAUUAUUGGGUUAUAUUCAAGCUUUGUUCCCCCACUAAUAUAUUCAGUUUUGGGAAGUUCAAGACAUUUAGCUGUUGGACCGGUAUCCAUAGCCUCACUUGUAAUGGGAACCAUGCUCAGCCAAGCAGUUACAUACAGCAAAGAGCCAACUUUAUAUCUUCAACUUGCUUUCACAUCAACUCUAAUUGCAGGAUGCUUGCAAGCUGCAAUGGGUUUCUUCAGGUUAGGAUUCAUCAUUGAUUUUCUGUCGAAGGCGACUCUACUAGGGUUCAUGGCUGGUGCAGCAGUCAUUGUCUCUUUGCAACAGCUGAAAGGAUUGCUAGGGAUAGUACAUUUCACAAACAAGAUGGCAAUAAUUCCUGUUUUGACCUCGGUUUUCGAAAACAGAAAUGAGUGGAUGUGGCAAACUAUUGUUAUGGGUGGUUGUUUCCUCAUAUUUCUGCUCACUGCAAGGCAAAUAAGUGCAAGAAAUCCAAAACUUUUCUGGGUUUCCGCGGCAGCUCCAUUAGUAUCAGUUAUUCUCUCAACUGUCAUAGUUUACCUGAUCAAAAAUGAGACACACGUGAUCCCAACUAUUGGACACUUGCCUAAGGGGAUAAAUCCACCAUCAGUGAACAAAUUACAUUUUGGUGGCCCUUAUAUGGCUCUUGCUCUCAGAGUUGGCAUUAUAACUGGAAUCUUAGCGCUCACAGAAGGAAUUGCAGUAGGAAGGACAUUUGCUGCUAUGGAGAAUUACCAAGUUGAUGGCAACAAGGAAAUGACUGCUAUUGGACUCAUGAACAUAGCUGGCUCUUGUGCUUCCUGCUUUGUCACCACAGGGUCAUUUUCUCGAUCUGCUGUAAGUUACAAUGCUGGAGGAAAAUCUGUUGUUUCAAAUAUAGUAAUGGCUGCAACUGUGCUUAUCACCCUGCUGUUUCUCAUGCCAUUGUUCCAAUACACCCCUAACGUCAUCUUGGCAGCCAUUAUUAUAACAGCAGUGAUCGGGCUAAUUGAUUAUCAAGGUGCAUUCCGUUUAUGGAAAGUUGACAAACUAGACUGCAUCGCGUGCUUGUCUUCCUUUUUUGGUGUUCUUUUCAUCUCAGUGCCUGUUGGCCUACUCAUCGCGGUCGGUAUUUCAGUUUUCAAGAUCCUAUUGCAUGUUACUAGGCCAAAUACUAAUGCCCUGGGCUACAUUUCGAGUACUCGUUCAUUUCAAAGCCUAAGCAGAUACACCACUGCUGUUAGGAUUCCUUCUUUCCUUAUCAUAGCUGUUGAGGCUCCUUUCUACUUUGCAAAUUCUACCUACCUACAUGAAAGGACAUUGAGAUGGAUUCGAGAAGAGGAAGACAGGAUCAAAACCAACCAAGAACCUCCAAUCAAAUGUAUAAUUAUUGACAUGACAGCUGUGACAGCUAUAGACACUAGUGGCAUUGAUACAAUAUGUGAACUAAGAAGAAUACUUGAGAAAAGAUCACUUAAGCUUGUGCUGGCAAAUCCAGUUGGAAACGUUAUGGAAAAGCUGUUUAACUCAAAUGCUCUUGAGGCUUUUGGGUUAGACGGAUUAUAUCUAACAGUUUCUGAAGCAGUGGACGAUAUUUCGUCUUCGUGGAAGCCUGAAAAGGGGCCAGCUCAACCACUAACUAUAUGAGAUUUGUACAAUGGAUGGAGAGAAGAAGAAGAAGGACUAAUAAACUGAAGCUUUGGGAGGAAUUGAUUUUUGUUCUACGCUCUUCUAAGAAGAGAAUUUUGAUGUAUACUAUCUUUAUCUAUGAUGAGAGCAAGCAUAUCCAUGAAUGUAACCCUUGUUUGUAUAUAAUAAUUUAGGAAACCACUAUCUUUUUUUUC